AUGAAUGCAACUUUCACAACAAUUCAUGGCAUGGUGCAGCUACCACCUAUGGAUGCAAGAAUUACUCCGCCUCCUGAUGAGCUAAACAUUGCCAUCCCUAAGCUACAAACAUGUCAUAUCCUCCCACCUUCACCUCAAUCUCUUCCGGAUACACCACACCCAGACACACCGUCAGUUUGCAGUCCUUCUCCACGAAGGAGACGUCGACGCUCUUCCGGCUCAAGGAGUCGCCCUUCACGAGAGUGUGUGAAUCAGCAGCCACAUACCAACUCUCGUCUCAUUUUUUCGCCUAGACCUUUUGAGGAUCUCUAUAUAGAACGAGCAUAUCUUGCCACCAUUCUCCAGCAGCAGGCUGGUCGAGCUGCUGAGCUCAUGAGACAGUGUUGCGCUGUGGAGCUGCAGCUCCAGAACCUUGCUAGCGACAAUGGUCGGCGAAAGCUAAGAAAACAGUUGGCUCUGCUGAAGUCUAAGGUCAACCAGGCCGCUGAGCAGGAGAAGGCUAUUUUCUCCCGUCUUGGUGAGUUGUAUGUUGAAAUCCAGAGCCGAGAGACACGGGCACAGGCAUGGACUGUCGAAAGCCCUAGUGUCGCAUCAUCUGUCUGCUUCAGUCCUGUUUCCUACGGCUUUCCCACUCCUUUGACACCCCUGAGCGGCACUUCUGAGCACUUUGCUCCCAUGGGCUACUUCGGCGAUGUGCAUCAGGUCUAUGAACCAUCAUACCUUCAACAGGAGCCGACCUCGUACGGUCUGGAAACUGUUGACGAGGCCGCAGAGGAUCACUUCAGCCCUGAAUCUAGCUGUGAUAGCGUUGAGUCCGAGACCACCCCAGCAACUCCAACUGAUGUUGAGGCACCCUUCGUUCAGGAGAAGGACUAUGGCUCUGAACUUGGAGAGGAGUUGAGUGACGAGCGGUUUGUUGCGCUUAGGGAGAGACGGCUCAGUCUUCCCUGUCUUCACAAUGCUUGGCCUGAGGUUUAG